GGUAACUUAGGAAAAAGAGAGCGAGGAAAAAAAGAUUCUUUUUUUAAAAAAAAAACCUAGGCUGGGUUCCUGCCAUGAUGUCAGAGGGAGACAAACGGACUGCCUGUUAAAUUUUAUCCCCCAGUUAGAGCUGGGGAGACAGAACUCACCUCAAAUACAGCUGUUCCCCCCCUUCUGUGGUCAUGACGGCUUCUUCUUCGCACAGUGACUGUUUGGUGGUCUUGUUUGGGGCAUCCGCUGGUGGAAAUGGGGCUAAGCUGGGGUCCGAUGAGAGGGAACUAAUUCUGUUGGUGUGGCAAGUUGUGGAUCUUCCCAGCAAGAAGGUAGGGACCCUGCACAAAUGCCUGGUGAAGGCAGACAAUUUGGAGCUAAGUGAGCCGUGCCAAGAACUGACAGGGUUAACCCCCGAAAGCUUGGCCAAAGCGGAGCCUCUGGAUCGCGUUCUCCAACAGUUCAGCCAACUGGUUUCCAAUGACCUGAAGGUUCUAGGAAGCAGCUCGUACAUUUUCUGCACCGAUGGCCAACUCCUUAUUCGACAAGUUCUCCACCCAGAAGCAUCCAAAAAGAAUCUUCUGCUAUCUGACUGCUUUUAUUCAUUUUAUGAUCUACGGAAAGAAUUCCAUGACUGCUAUCCCAGCUCAACCCCCGUGAAGGAUCAAACUAUACAAUCUAUGGCUGAAUAUAUUGGCUAUGGGAUAGAUGAAAGCGAGGAGGAUUUUGGAGUAUGGCAAGUGAAAGCCAUGGUAGCCAUUGUUUUCAGCAUGCUUCCAGAUACAUGCAGUCACAGGUUUACCACCCCUGAAACAGUGAAGUACAAGUAUGAAACGGGACCCUGUAGUAAAUCAGAAGCAGUGGACAAUGAAACGGUCAUACGUGCCCGAGGGCUCCCUUGGCAGUCUUCGGACCAAGACAUAGCUCGUUUUUUCAAAGGCCUUAAUAUUGCCAAAGGUGGUGUGGCCUUGUGUCUCAAUGCUCAAGGAAGGCGAAAUGGAGAGGCGUUGGUGCGGUUUGUCAGCUCUGAACAGAGAGACUUGGCUCUGGAGAGGCACAAGCAUCACAUGGGGAGCCGAUAUAUUGAGGUUUACAAAGCCACAGGAGAGGAAUUUCUGAAAAUUGCUGGUGGCACCUCCAAUGAAGUAGCCCAGUUCCUCUCCAAGGAGAACCAAGUCAUCAUCAGGAUGCGGGGUCUCCCUUUCACUGCAACGCCCGAGGAUGUGCUCGGCUUCUUGGGCCCCGAGUGUCCUGUCACUGGAGGCAAGGAGGGCCUCCUCUUUGUCAAGUAUCCAGAUGGCCGGCCAACUGGAGAUGCGUUUGUGCUAUUUGCUUGUGAAGACUAUGCACAGAAUGCCCUGAAGAAACACAAGGAGAUCUUGGGCAAACGCUACAUUGAACUCUUCAGAAGCACAGCAGCUGAAGUCCAGCAGGUUCUCAACCGAUACAUGUCAGCCCCGCUGAUUGCCACUCUUCCUACCCCGAUCGUCCCUGUCAUCCCUCCUCCUUACACCAUCGCUGCAGGCAGUGUGCGAGACUGUGUCCGCCUCCGGGGCCUGCCUUACACAGCUGGGAUUGAUGACAUUUUGGAGUUCAUGGGCGAUGCAACCGGAGACAUCAAACCGCAUGGAGUUCACAUGGUCCUGAACCAGCAAGGCCGGCCCUCAGGUGAUGCCUUUAUCCAGAUGAAAUCUUCCGACCGAGCCUUCUUAGUGGCCCAGAAGUGUCACAAGAAAAUGAUGAAGGACCGUUACGUGGAAGUCUUCCAGUGUUCAGGAGAGGAGAUGAAUUUUGUUUUAAUGGGUGGCACUUUAAACCGUAGUGGAUUGUCUCCGCCCCCUUGUAAGUUACCAUGCCUUUCUCCUCCCGCCUACGCUGCUUUUCAGACAGCAGCCACCGCGGUCAUCCCAGCAGAAGCUGCAAUAUACCCAUCACAAGCCCUCUUGCCUCCAACCAGGACUCAACAAGCUGCAGCCGCAGCUGCAGCGGCUGCAGCAGCUGUCACUCCAGCUGUCACUUACUACCCCACUCAGGCAGCUCAACUUUACAUGAAUUACACUGCUUACUAUCCCAGCCCUCCAGUGUCUCCAACCACAGUUGGCUACAUCACGGCUCCUCAAGCUGCUGUGGCAGCCGCCUCAGCUUCCCACACUCCUAUGGUCCCUCAAGCAGGCGCUCUUGUCCGGAUGCAAGGAUUGCCCUACAAUGCCGGAAUGAAGGAAAUCCUCAGCUUUUUCCAAGGGUACCAGUAUGCUCCUGAUGACUACAAUGGCCUCAUUCAGCUCAACGACCAAGCAAGGGGCGUGUUACAAGCACCGAAAGACUGGGUUUGCUUGUAAGUGUUGGUAACCGCCAGAGAAGGUAAGCUUGGAUUGGCUGAAGCGGAGCUCUUUGGUGGUGAAUGGAAAUGAUUCUGCGGGGGAGAUGAUUUUUGUUCCCUUUUCCCUUUCUUUCAAACCAAAAAAAAAUUCCCCAAACCAGCCAAUCACGUUUCAUCCUCCCUUCCUAGCUCAUGAUGGGAUUUUGCUUGCUUAACACUUCCUUGCUUGGGCACGUCGCAUGACUUCACUAACUCAAUGGUGAUGUUGAACGCCUCAAUUUGCUUGUGCUUCUGGAUGAACAUUGAGGAGAACGUUGGGAGGUUUGGGGCUUUUGAAGUUUGUGUGGCAUUCUCUCAUUCAUUGGGGUUGUUGCUGUUUUGGGGAAGCAAGGGUUCCUUCCUGCAGCCAUCAACAGCUGUGUGGGCCACUCUCCAUUGGUCCUGUGGUCAGAUGUGGAGCAGGAAAAGCAAAAUAUUGGGGACGGAAGGAAGAGGAAGCGUCAUUUAAUUGGUGUCCUGGUGGUUCUUCCAUUUCUCACAGCCCACUUGGGAGACCCCAAGAGGUCUUGAGAAUGCUUAAGGCCCAGCCACCACCUGCAGGGUACCAGUUUAGGAAGGGUACGGUGUGACUAGUUAAGAGUUGGGGAUUUAUUUGCCUAGGUUUCAGAUCUGCUUUGUGUAGUCUGGCUGCUAACUGGUCAAGCAGAUGAUGGUAGAAGUGUUCAUAGCCCUCAGCUUCUUCAAAAGAAUGAGCCAAUCAAACAUUUGGGAGUCUGCUGCCUCAAACAUGCUGGGGUGUUUUUGUAGAAAACUGACAUCUUCACACCGGUUAUUUGAUAACUGUUAAAUUUCUACUACUGGUAGAUCUCUGCCCAUCAGACACAGGGCAACAGGAGCUCAUGGCGGACUCAACGCUGAACAUGUGUGGACAUGCAUCCAAUUCCCUCCCCACUGCCAAAGCAGCUACCAUAGAGAGAGAUUGUUUUUGUUGUUCCCUUUUCCUCCAGUGUUAGCUCCAAGAGCAAUGUCCAACCUAGCAGAUGACUCCUUCUUGGCUUGGAGAAGGCCAUGCUUGCAUGCAUUAUAUCCUUGUGGACUAUUUGAAACAUGCCAAGCUACAUUUAAGAUAUCCGAGCAUUUCUAUAAUACAUGAACUUACCAUGGUUUGUUUUCCCUAUUGUCUAGCUCACUGUUUCUCAACUUGGCAACUUUAAGAGGCAUGGACUUCAAUUCCCAGAAUUCCAUACAUCUUAAAGUUACUAAGGUUGAAAAAUACUGCUCUAGCUUGUCAAAUUGAUCUUGGAACACGCAGAGUAAGUAUGGAUUCAAGUUGUACUUUCUUUAAAUAACUUCAAACUCAGCUUGCUUGCUAAUGUGGUGGACAAGCCAUCUUCACCAUACAGGAACAUAGUUUAGCACAUAUACCCAGGUUUUGAACCCAGGUUUUGGGGUUAGCUUUUGGUUCAGUGUAUUGCACAAACUCAGGAAGUGGGUUUAUUUCUUAGGCAGAUUAAAUAUAGGACAUCCAGGACUGGAGCCAUUGUCUCAUAUGAUCCUCCCAAAGAUGCUGAUUUCAGUUCUGGGGAGAUUGCCACUGAAAUCUAGAAGGGCCUUUCUGCCUUUGUGUUUUGCUAAAUGAUUAUGCCUGACAGAGACUGUUGAAUAGAAGUCCUGCAAAAUGAGCUAUUUCCUUGCAAA